GUUGUUGAGAUUUGUAUCUUUUAAUCUAUAAUACCUUUCAACAGUCAAGAUUAGAGGUUUGACACAGAGCCUACAUUUUUGUGUCAAUAAGUGCGGAAUUCAUCUCCCUUGAUCUACCCCGUCAUAUUUGAAUUCAAUCCCUUCAGCUAAAAGCCAAUUCCAUAUCCCUACAUCCCAAAAAUGAAACAAAAUAUGUACACAUUCUUGAUAUCGUUUGAGCUUUGUAUAUUCUGCAUAAUUCUUGUUGCAAAGCAAUCGUUUUGUGUAGAUUAUCGGUAUGAAGCAUGUGUGCCUAAGAGUUGCGGCAAUGGCCCAAAUAUAAGUUUCCCAUUCUAUAUCCAUGACAAGCAAGAAUCAUAUUGUGGGUUCCCUGGAUUUGAGCUCAACUGCACAAACAGUGGCUACCCCGUACUUCAUUUACAGGGAAAGGAUGUUAUGGUUCAAAACAUUUCAUACGAAACCCGUAUUUUGCGAGUAUAUGAUGCUGCAGUUUCAAGUUCAAAUGGAAGCUGUUUUUCACAGAUUAAAAACACAACACUUCCUGAAAAAUUCAAUUAUGUUAAUGUUUCGUAUCUGUACUUGUUAUCAAAUUGUACAGGAAAUCUGUCUGAGGAUCUUUCUAGGCACAGAAUUGGUUGUGGUAAUCAGAGUAGAGAUAAUUGGGGUUUGGCAGUGUUUGAGGGUAAUGAGAACUUUAAAAAUGCAUUGGGGAAUUGUGAACAAAAAGUGGUGGCGCCGGUGGAAUUGCACGGCGGUGAAGAGAGGAAUGGAACAAGAAACUAUAUGGAGAUUUUGAGAAGAGGGGUUGCACUGAAUUGGACAGCCAGUGACUGUAAUGUAUGUGCAAAAAGUAGGGGGCGUUGUGGGUUUGAUGCAACUGUUUACCAGUUCAAGUGUUUCUGCCCAGACAGACCUCAUUCUUCAAGUUGCAAACCUGAAAAGAUUAAGAUGAGGCCAAGUCUGAGGCUGAUUUUAGCCACAGCUAUACCUGGAGGUGUAAUCAUACUUCUCUUGCUGUUCUCUUUUAUCAUUUGGUGCCUUAAAAGGACUUAUGAUGCAAGAAACAUAUCUUCUGAUCCCUCCACAAAAUCAAUCAUCGAAGGUGGGAAUUUAUGCUUUGGCAUCCCUAUCUUCUCCUACACUGAGCUUAAAGAGGCCACCAACAAUUUUGAUUCUUUAAAAGAACUUGGAGAUGGAGGUUUUGGCACUGUAUACCAUGGCAAACUUCAUGAUGGAAGAGAAGUUGCAAUAAAGCGCCUAUAUGAGCAUAACUACAAACGAGUCGAGCAGUUCAUGAAUGAAAUUAAAAUCCUUACUUGUUUGAGGCACCGUAAUCUUGUUUCUCUCUAUGGAUGCACAUCCACAAGAAGCCGCGAACUCCUACUUGUUUAUGAAUACAUUCCUAAUGGCACAGUUGCCGAUCAUCUUUAUGGGGACACAGCUAAGGAAGCACCACUCAAGUGGCCAGUUCGCUUGAACAUUGCCAUAGAAACUGCUCAAGCAUUGGCUUAUUUACACGCAUCUGAUAUAAUACAUCGUGAUGUUAAGACGACCAACAUCCUGCUUGAUGACAAUUUUUGUGUCAAAGUUGCAGAUUUUGGGCUCUCUAGACUCUCUCCUACCGAUGUCACUCAUAUUUCCACUGCCCCUCAGGGGACUCCCGGAUAUGUUGAUCCUGAAUAUCAUGAAUCUUACCAGCUAACCAAUAAAAGUGAUGUUUACAGUUUUGGAGUUGUUCUCAUCGAGCUUAUUUCCUCAAUGCCGGCUGUUGAUAUAAGCAGGAGUAGGCAUGAAAUCAACUUGGCAAAUUUAGCAGUAAACAAGAUCCAACGAAGUGCAUUUAAUGAAUUAAUUGAUCCAUCUCUAGGAUUUGAGUUUGAUGAUGAAGUUAGAAGGAUGACUACAUCAGUAGCAGAAUUAGCGUUUCAGUGUCUGCAACUUGAAAAAGAAACGAGACCUAAAAUGGACGAGGUAUUGCAUAUUUUGAAGGAAAUUCGGGCUGAGGACGAGUUUGAUGUUGACAAGACUAAAGAGAAUAUUGAUGACUAUAGUGUGCCAAGAAUUAAAAAGAUUCCUCCAUCCCCAGAAUCAGAAGGUGCUGUAUUGUUGAAGAAUAAAUUUCAAGAAUCACCAAAUUGUGUGACUGAUACAUGGUAUAGUGCAUCUUCUGGAAAUAGUUCCAGUUUUUGAGUUCUUUUUUUCACUUUUUAUAUUUUUUCUUUUGACUUGGGUUUUUAUCAUUGAAGUGGAUGGUAAAUAGUUGGAGCUUGGAGGGUAGUCAAAUGAACACAAUAUUUAAGUUUUAAUCUAUUACACGAUCCCCUACAAACCCCAUGCUCCUUUAGUAAGUUCUUAGUUUCAAUCUUUCACGUGUUUGCUGGAAAAAAAUUCAUCAUAACAUUGUUCAAAGGACUGGCUGUGAUUGAUAUUCAUAUUCAAAGCUUGUGGAGGUCAGGUCCUUAAAGAGACUUCCAGUAGAGGUGUUUAGGUUCUCCUAAUGUAACCAGGUUGCCAUGAGUCGGAAUCGAUUGAAAGAUCCAAAACAUACUCCAAGUAACAGGGGUUUGAGUAGAUUGAAGUUAAUAUCUGGUAGUGUUGUCCUCUGGUCUGCACGGUUUUUGGAUGUGAACUGGUACAUAAUUCCACCGCUUGUAUAUCAAAUACCAUCAUCCUUGUUCUUUUUCGCUCAAAGGUGAAGAACUUAAAAAGGAAGCAGCAAUGUGAUGAUCUUAGCUUGGUUAUACCAUGUGCAGUCGCAGUUAGAAAAUAAGAACUUUGAA